AGAAGAGUGUCGGCGCUACUAGACGUCUCUCUGGAUGUUCAGAUCUGCCCUGCAAACAUUGGAGAACAAAUGGAGGUCGUACAGACACAGGUUUGUUCCCUGGAUGCUUCUGAACUUGUCUAAAAAUGAGAAAACUCUGCGGCAGGUGACGGAGCGCUGCAAGGACAAGCUGGUUCCGGAUGUGGAGGUUUCUGAGAGUCUGCUGAGGCUCUUCAGGCUGCUGAUCCUCAGUCAUGGGGCUGAUCACAGGCACAUCCUGGCAGCACAGACUCACCUUCCUCCUCAGGUGACCAGAGGUGAGCAGCAGCAGGGAGGAAGCCCUCAGGAGGUCAUGUUCCAGUCUCUGGGCUUCAGCAUCGACCGCAGGCCCAGCUCCUUACCUCAGGCAGGGACCGGAGUGUUUGUCACCAAAGGGUUUGUACCCCAAGGAGCCACAGUUGCCAUGUAUCCAGGCACCGUCUACCAGCCCUAUGAGCCCAUUCUGCUGCAGUCCAUCAGAAACCCCUUUGUGUUCAGGUGCAUUGACGGCAUCCUGGUUGAUGGAAAUGAUAGAAGCAUCUCCAGGAUGGUGUUCAGGUCCUGCAGUGGCAGAGACAGACUGGGUCCUUUCCUGAUGAGCGACACCAGCUGGCUGACGGACGCUCCUCUGAACCCCCUCGCUGUGGGUCAGUAUGUGAACAACUGCUCCAACGAAAGGGCCGCCAACGUCUGCUACCAGGAGUUUGACGUGCCGGACAGGUUUCCCAUCGAGCUGCGACAGUUUGUCCCCAACGUCAACUACAGCCAGGACACCCAGAGGCCUCUACGCUGUGUGGUGCUGGUGUCCCUCAGAGACAUUACAGCAGGGGAGGAACUCUUCUCCAACUACUACACCAUCGUGCAUUAAAAGCAGCUCACACUCCAACUGAAAACAAUCCAUUGUUGAAAUUCAAACUGUGUUAUCACUGGGUUUAAAGGGGGAGAGGAGGGGAGGUCAUUGCUUUCUUUGUACACUCAGGAAGACACUGGAAUAAAGUCCGCACCACAAUC